AUGCCUUAUACAUCAUUAAGAAAAGUGGAUCUAUCAUUUACCAGCAGAACAAUAAUUAUUCUUAUUCUUCUCAUCACAUUUAGUAUAUUUUAUUUUACUAUAAACAAUGAAAAAUCAUCAUCAUCAAUGGCUAGUUUAAUUUCAUCAUUCACAUCCUCAUCCUCAUCAGUCGCAGUGAAUGGUGGUCGGUGUCGUUUAUCGAUGAAAGAAUCUGAUAAUUGGUUUUGUCAGUCGGAUUCCGAUUGGAAACGUCGAAAAACACUCCAUCAUAUUCAAGAUAAACGCAAUCGUAUAUCAGAUUCACGUCCAUUAUUUUUUCAAAAUAAUUGGGAACCAACAAUACAAUGUGAAUUUGAACGACGUCUUGGCAACACAGGUGAUGGCGGAAAGUGGGUUUGUGAUAUACAUCGUUUCGGAAGAAAUAAUACAAAAAUUCUUGUUUAUUCGUUUGGUUCUAAUGGUGAUUUUAGUUUUGAACGAGCCAUUCAAGAACAAUUUCCGAAGGCAGAAAUUCAUACAUUUGAUUUAGGAGUAUACCAGUGUCCAGCGAAUGUUUGUACAUUUCAUCAAGUUCGUCUUGGUAAUGGAAAAAAUGAUAGUUCGAAAUCGUUUCAAACAAUUGUAAAUGAUCUUGGUCAUCAAAGACGAGAAAUUCAUCUACUUAAAGUUGACAUUGAAGGUAGUGAAUAUAAUUUAUUUGAAGAGAUGUUUCGAAUUUCAACAGAUAAAACAACUCAAGUGAUGCCAUAUGUUCGUCAAAUUCUUUUUGAAAUUCAUCUACCUGCUGAUAGAUCUGAAGUAUCUAGUCGACGUGCACAUCAACUAUUUGAGUUAUUCCGUGUGAAUAAUUAUGCAAUAUUUCAUAAAGAAGCAAAUUUAUAUGAUUCUCAAAACGUUUUUGAAUACGGCUUGUUACAUUUAAAUCGAGCAUUCUUUAUUGCACCAUCAUAA